AUGGCAACCGAUUCAAACAUUCCGAAUUUUCUUUCGGACGCUCAAAAUUUAGACCAGAAAACCUUGGCCACCAAGUUUUCUAUCCUUGCAAAAGAGGAAGUUAAGAGAGGCGAACAAUUUGAAAAAGCCGAUGCAGAUUACAGUAUGUCAGUAGCGUUAAGAGAUGAUUCAAUGGAUUUUAAUAGAUAUUCCGAUAUUUUACCUUUUGAUUAUAACCGAGUUAAACUUAUACAAACUCGUCCUAAUAAAACGGAUUAUAUUAAUGCAAGUUUUGUUGAGGGACCUAAUGGUAUCACGAGUUACAUUGCAGCACAAGGACCUAUCGAAAGAACUUUUGAUGAUUUUUGGUUAAUGGUUUGGGAACAAAAUUCAUAUGUGAUAGUGAUGUUAACGAAAGAACAAGAGAAGGGACAAAUCAAAUGUCAUCGAUAUUGGCCUGAAGAAGUUAAUCAAUCAAUGAUAUUUAAUGAGAUUGGAAUGAAAAUUAUUUUAGAAAAGGAAGAAUUGGUUCCUAAUGCCACUUGCGUAUUAAGAACCAUUCGAAUUGAAAAAUUGGAAGAAACAACACGAACUACGGAAGUUCGAACCGUUACUCAAUUACAUUUUGUUGGAUGGCCGGAUCACGGUGUACCGGAUACACCGGAUACAUUACUUAAUUUAGUUAAUAAAACAAAUGAAGUUCAACAACAAUAUAUUAAUUUAGCAAAUAUUCAAAUACCUCCUUUAAAAGUAGGGUCAAUGGUAGUUCAUUGUAGUGCAGGUUGUGGACGUACGGGAACUUUUUGUACAGUUCAUACGGCAUUAGCCAUGUUACCAACUUUUAAAGAUGAUAAAUCAGAUUUAAUUAAUUAUUUGGUUAGCCUUCUUCGAAAACAACGUAGAACCAUGGUUCAAACUCUCGCACAAUAUCAAUACUGUUAUCUGGCGGUACUUACAUUCAUGAUGCACACGUUGGAUUUGUCAAAUUUUCCUGUUACCGAUACUCUUAAGAUGCUUGCUUCCUUAUUGGAAAAGAUUACAAGUGCAAAUGACCAACUAAAUUCUUCACAUAACGUUAAUAAUAACCAUACGGAAACGUCUACUCCUGCUAGUUCAGUAACGACGACGACAACGACAGUAACCACCACACCUUCUUUCACGCGUUUUCAUGCACGCUCCAUCCCUUCAAUAGAUAUUCAUUCAUACCUUUCACGGAUAUUAAAAUAUUGUCCGACGACGAAUGAAUGUUUUCUUUCAUUAUUAGUUUACUUUGAUCGGAUGUCAAAAAAUGCAUCAGCGACAAACUCAGGGAAGGCCUUCUCCAUCGAUUCUUUCAAUAUUCAUCGACUAAUAAUUGCAGGCAUCAUGGUGUCAUCGAAAUUCUUUUCAGAUGUAUUCUUUACAAAUUCGAGAUACGCAAAGGUAGGAGGACUACCAGUAUCGGAAUUGAAUCAACUCGAAUUAGAAUUUCUUGUAUUGAACGACUUUCGGUUAGCAAUUUCAGUGGAUGAAUUACAACGAUACGGAGAUCAAUUACUUAAACAUUGGGUUUUAGAAGAGGAAAUGAGACAAGGUGGGGGAAUAUAUGAAAAUAUUCGAUUUCCAAAUGGGCUAAACGGUAGCAACAGGUGGGAAACAUCAGGAGUUGAUAAGAAUAAUGCACAAUAUAAACGAACAAGACGUUUACAUUCAAUCGAUGAUACAAAUACAAGUAAAGGAGGCGGAACAAAAGCUAUGAAAGAAGAAGAACAACAACAACAAACAGAAUGUCAUCCAUUUAUUCGUAGUCAUAGAAAAGAAAAUAGUUUUUCAUCAACGAAAUCAUUAAAUCUCACUUAUCAAUCUACAUUAACAUCAUCACCUCAACAAUAUUCUACGGCACAUAUAACAAAAACACCACCACCAUCAUCAUUAUCCGGUUCAUUACCUGGUUCAUUAAAUGGAUCAUUACCUGGAUCAUCUCCUUCUAUUUUAGGUUCAACUAUAAAACGAGCUAAUAGUAGUGGUUCUUUAUUAAGUCGAGCACGUAGAAUAUCAUUUAAUCCAGCAGCAAUUGGUGCAGCAGCAUUAAAUUAUGCACGUAGAGCAUCACUUGUAUUACCACCAAUACCUCGAGGUCCAGGAUUAGUGAGACGUGGAUCUGUUCCUGCAUGGAGUGGAAAAAUCACCAUCAAUUGA